AUGACACGAAAAUCUGAAAAAUCUGAGGAAGAAAUGGUAGACCAGUUCUUGAACUAUGACGGAGAGGAAAGUGGUGCUACCGGUGUAGAAAGUAGUGCUGCAAAUAACGUCGACAAAAAUACUAACUUAGCAACUGCGGAUAAAGCGGAUCAAAAGGUUGGUGAAGAAAAAGACCAAACUCAGAAACAACCUGAAGAAACUUCGGAACAAGAACCUGCCAAUGGAAUAUUGGUCAAAGAAAAGAGAGGAGGAAGAAGUCGCAUCAACAUCAAAAUCGAAGGGAAGGAAGAGGGCCGCACAACCAUCAUCGCCUAUGAGUUUGAUGAAGAUUGGGAAAAUCAGGUUGUUGCAGUUGAGACUGUCACACGUGAUGAUAAAAACGGUGAAUUAUUG